AUGGGUCUAACAUCAAUAGCUCAAGCUAAACAUAGGCUCCAAAGGACUCUCUCACCGAGAACCAUUAGAGCUGUUUCAGAAGCCACAAAUGGAGAUCAAGUACCAAAAGGGUGUUUCCCAGUUUAUGUUGGUGAAUUCCACAGAAGAUUUGUAGUACCAAUAUCUCUCCUCAAACACCCUGUUUUUCAAGAGUUGUUGCAUUUAGCUGAGGAAGAAUUCGGGUUCGAUUAUUCGACUAAUUCAGGAGCUCUGAUGAUUCCUUGCAGUGAAAGUUACUUCCUUAGCCUCACUUCUUCUUUGUAA